AGUUCAAUUUAUAUGUUAGUUAGUAAAGCUCAGCUACGGUGCUUGGACACACACAUAAAAGCAAAUAAAUAUAAUCGCCCGAGUAUAUUUAAUACGAGGGAGAGAUACUGAAAUACCAAAAAAGAAAAAUGUAAUUUUGUGAUUAUUGUUUCGUAUUUAUUAAUCCAGUCAACUAAAUAAUAUUAUUUGGGAACAUCAGAGAAGGUUCUGUUUUCCUAUGGAAAAAAAACGAAAUGUGUGUUAGCGUUUGAUGUGUGUGCAAAAAAGAUAUUUUUACUCGAGUUUUUCAUUUUAAUUUUUCUCUGAUACGGAAGAAAAUUUUCGUUCCUUUUUGACUAGUGGAACAUGGCAUAAAUGUGCAAUAGAGUAAUACCCCUUUUCGCACUUCGUUCAAUCGAUGAAAAACCCCCAUAACCAGGAAUUUGGACAUUUUUUUUUCUUCAUCGUUUUGACCUCAUUCCAAAAAGUGAAAUUAUUGUUUGAAUGCGAGUCUCAUUUUUACGUUCAAAAAAACUCGUUGCUAUCCGACUGAUAAAAAGCCCCCGAAACCUCGCGUUGAAUAAUUCAAGUUUAAAAAAGGAAUAGAGAAGAGGAACAAAAAGACAAUUAAAACGCCAAGUGUGUGGCAUAACCCAACAGUGUUUCGUUUGUGAUUGUGCUUUAUCAUCGGAAAAUUGAAUAAUUUUAAAGGUCAAACUUUGUGUUUUCGAAGGCACCAAAGUGUAAAAAGAAUAUCAUUUUUAUCGUAUUAUGCAACUGGGAUAGGAGAGUGGAUAAUAUAUAGCGAUCACCACUAAGUGCCAACAAACAAAAUCAACUUUACAAAUAAUAUCCGCCCACGUUAUUUAUUGGUUUAAAUAAUGGCAGCUCAAUUAAUUUGAAACGAAGCAUAAAACCUAAAUUCUAAUCAAAACUAAAUUGCUCAGUCGUGUUACCGUAAUUAGUUGAACGCGAACACGAAAUGAUUGAUCCCAGUUCAAGCGAAGAAGAGAGUGAUGAGGAUCAAGGAGGAAGAGGAAGUGGGAAACAUUCAACACCAAAUCACCAUCAUCCCAAACAUGCAUCACAUCCGAAAUCCGCGUCUGGACCCGGCGCCAAUCAACAUAUGGCUGGUCCAGGCGGUGUCGGUAGACAAAAUUUGCAUGCGACUGGUGGUGGCGGUCAUGAUGGAGGUAGUAUGUCCGGAAAUGCGAUGGGACCAGGCGCAACCGCUGCACAGCAUAUGAGUCAUCAUACAGCACCGAAUCAUCAGCCGCAUCACAGUCAUCCGAAUGCAAAGGAAUUACAAAAUUCACAUUUGCAUCAUGGUGGUAGUGAUACGUCCGGUAGUUUGGAAGUGCCGAAUAAUGCAAUGCCGAGUGGUGCUUCACAGGAAACUCUUAGUCAAAGCGUGGGCUCAUCAAGAGCCAAUUCCUUACCUAGACCAAUGUCGCCUUCUCCGUCCGUUGCAAGCGAUAAAAAUAACGGCGGUGAUUUACAUGAAAAACAAGAACGCGAGGAAGAGGAGCGUAAACGACGCAUUCAAUUGUACGUGUUUGUGUCUAGGUGCAUAUCGUAUCCGUUCAAUGCGAAACAACCCACAGACAUGACACGUAGACAAAUUAAAAUUACAAAACAUCAACUGGAAACGAUUACAUCCCGAUUUCAGGCCUUUCUGAAAGGUGAAACGCCAAUUAUGGCGGACGAGGCAUUCCAAAAUGCUGUACAAAGUUAUCACGAUGUUUUCUUAAAAUCGGAUCGUGUAGUUAAGAUGGUUCAAUCUGGUGCCUGUUCGCAGCAUGAUUUUCGCGAAGUAUUUCGAAACAAUAUCGAGAAAAGAGUGCGAUCAUUGCCUGAAAUCGAUGGUUUAAGCAAAGAAACUGUUCUGACGUCUUGGAUGGCGAAAUUUGAUUGCAUAUUGAAAGGAACGGGAGACGAAGAUACGAAACGGCCAUCACGUAUGCAGCAACCUUUAAACAGCGAGCUUAUACUUACCAAAGAGCAGCUGUUCGAUAUGUUUCAGCAAAUUUUGGGUGUGAAAAAAUUCGAACAUCAAAUAUUAUACAACGCAUUGAUGCUUGACUCGAACGAUGAACAAGCCGCUGCCAUUCGUCGCGAAUUGGAUGGUCGAAUGCAACGCGUUGCCGAAAUGGAGAAAAAUCGAAAAUUAAUGCCAAAAUUUGUGCUCAAAGAAAUGGAAUCGUUGUACAUUGAAGAACUCAAAUCAUCGAUCAAUUUACUGAUGGCAAAUCUGGAAUCAUUGCCGGUGUCCAAGGGGUCCAUGGAUUCGAAAUUUGGAAUGCAAAAGUUUAAGCGGUACAAUCACAGCACUCCAUCUUUUCUAAAAAUGAUACUCCGUUCCCAAGGAUCACUUGCUAAGUUAGAAGGUGAUUCGACCGACAGUGAUACACAGUUGACGAAAUUGGACGUUGUGCUGACGUUCCAAUUGGAAGUGGUCGUUAUGGAAGUGAAGGGACUGAAGUCACUAGCACCAAAUCGAAUCGUUUAUUGCACAAUGGAGGUGGAAAGUUUUGAAAAAUUGCAAACCGAUCAGGCCGAAGCAUCGAAACCAAUGUGGGAUACACAAGGUGACUUUACAACAACCCAUCCUCUUCCUGUGGUAAAAGUGAAGCUUUACACCGAAAAUCCUGGAAUGCUGGCAUUAGAAGAUAAGGAAUUGGGCAAAGUCACACUGAAACCAACUCCUUUAUCUGGAAAAUCACCUGAAUGGUAUCGAAUGACUGUGGCCAAAAAUUGCGCCGAUCAAGAUUUGAAAAUAAAAAUUGCCUGUCGCAUGGACAAACCGUUGAAUAUGAAGCAUUGUGGAUAUUUGUACGCGAUCGGCAAGGGUGUGUGGAAGAAAUGGAAGAAACGUUAUUUUGUACUGGUGCAAGUGUCACAAUAUACCUUCGCAAUGUGCAGUUACAAGGAGAAAAAGUCUGAACCAUCCGAAAUGAGUCAGCUCGAUGGCUAUACGGUAGAUUACAUUGAAGCAGCGAGUGCAAAUUUAAUGGUGGGCAUGGAUUUGGAGGGAGGUCGUUACUUUUUUAAUGCAGUUCGUGAGGGUGAUAGCAUUUUAUAUGCAAGUGACGAUGAGAAUGAAUGCAGUUUAUGGGUAAUGGCAAUGUAUCGAGCAACAGGACAAUCUCACAAGCCCACACCACCGUUGACGCAGGACAAAAAUUCGACGAUUUCUAAAAUACAAGGCGAUGCGGAUAAAGCUCGAAAGCAUGGAAUGGAAGAUUUUAUCAGUGCCGAUCCAUGUACGUUUGAUCACGCGAAUCUGUUCCGAAUGUUGCAGAAUCUGACGCUGGAUUAUCGGUUAAAUGAUCCAUAUGCGUCGCUGGGCUGGUUCAGUCCUGGACAAGUAUUUGUGUUGGACGAAUACUGUGCAAGAUAUGGUGUACGCGGCUGCUAUCGUCACCUGUGUUACUUAUCCGAUCUAUUAGAGCGUGCUGAACGCAACCAUAUGAUCGAUCCGACGCUGAUCCACUACUCAUUUGCCUUUUGUGCCAGUCAUGUACAUGGUAAUCGUCCCGACGGGGUCGGUAGUAUAGCUACAGAAGAAAAAGAUCGAUUCCAAGUAAUCAAAGAUCGAUUGCGACAUCUACUUGAGCUACAAAUUACCAAUUUUCGGUUCUCGUUCCCGUUUGGCCGACCGGAAGGUGCCCUUAAAGCGACACUUUCAUUAUUGGAGAGAGUGCUAAUGAAAGAUAUCGUGACGCCUGUACCACCUGAAGAAGUGCGACUUAUGAUAAAAAAGAGUCUGGAAACAGCGGCGUUGGUGAACUACACUCGUUUGUCGGGAGAGGCUAAAAUUGAAGACGAUUUGCGUGGCGAAGUUAUCGUUCCACCAGCGAAGAAAUUGGAAGAUUUAAUUCAUUUGGCCGAACUGUGCGUUGAUCUGUUGCAGCAGAAUGAAGAACAUUAUGCAGAGUUACGAAAACAUGAACCGGAAGUCAACCAAGAGCAGCCUAAUACGACGGACGGGGCUAAUGCUAACAGUGUUGCAACAGCUCCAGUCGCUGGCAACUCGCCAGCUGCUACAGCUGGUCCAUCUUCUGCUAUCGUCAAGCAAAAGUCGCAGGCUUCGCCGGUUCCAUAUCGAUAUUGCAUGCCAACGCAUGCGGUCUACACUCCCCCAGUACCAACGGCAUUUGCAUGGUUCAGUGAUUUAUUGGUCGAACAUGCCGAAAUAUUUUGGUCAUUGUUUGCAGUCGAUAUGGAUCGGGUAUUGUCCGAACAACCGCCGGACACGUGGGACUCAUUUCCGUUGUUCCAGAUACUCAACGAUUACUUGCGAACGGAUGACAAUCUGAAAAAUGGAAGAUUUCAUCAGCAUCUACGUGAUACAUUUGCUCCAUUAGUUGUUCGUUAUGUUGAUUUAAUGGAAUCAUCCAUCGCACAAUCGAUUCAUAAAGGUUUUGAAAAGGAGAGAUGGGAGAGCAAAGUAAAUGACGGAGUCCGUUGUUCAAUUUCUAUGAUUAGUAAAACCAUUCAUGCUUACAGUAAUGGCUGUGCGACGUCCGAGGAUCUAUUUUGGAAAUUAGAUGCCCUGCAAUCAUUUAUAAGGGACUUGCACUGGCCGGAUGCCGAAUUCCGUCAACAUCUUGAACAACGAUUGAAACUGAUGGCAUGCGAAAUGAUCGAGUCUUGCAUUCAACGCACAGAAGGAGCAUAUCAGUCAUGGCUGAAGAAGAGCGUUACAUUCAUAUCCACAGAUUAUAUAAUUCCUACUGAAAUGUGUGCAAUGAUCAACGUUAUACUCGAUGCGAAAAAUCAAAGUUUUAAGCUUUGCGCAGUAGACGGUAUCGAUGUGCAUCAAUAUCACACUAAAAUUGACGACCAAAUCGACAAAACAUUGGCCGCUAUGAAUCAGGGAGUAAUCAGUAAACUGAUGUCGGUAUUAGAAGCGUCGCUAUCGAAAUUAUCUCGUUACGAUGAAGGUAGUCUAAUCGGAUCAAUAUUAAGCUUUACGAAUGUCUCCGGGUCUGGCAAGGACUUGGGUCAGGGAUAUGUUAAUUUUGCUAGAAACAAUAUGGACCAAAUACGCGGUAAAGUAAAUGACGAACUUUGGAUAUUGACUUUCUUCGAACAGUGGUACACAUCCCAGAUAAAUAUCUUGUGCAAUUGGCUGUCCGAACGACUGGAUCACUCCUUACAUUUCUAUCAGUGUACGUGUUUGGCUCACAUAGUCAAGAAAGUUUAUUCGGACUUUGAAUUGCAAGGCGUAAUGGAAGAUAAAUUGAACUCAAAGGCAUAUCAAACGGUUGCACAACGAAUGCAAACUGAAGAAGCGACUUGUGCCCUAACAAUGCCAUCGCAAGGCGAUGACGGAGAUGUUGCAUUCGAUGGCGACGACGGCGAUGGUGAGCGUGCCGCUCCGGCAGCAUCGGCAAAGGCGAAAGUUAUGGAAUCACUGGGCGAAGACGGAAAUCUUAAUAUAAGUAAUGUAACGAAUGUGGUGGUUGGACGUGUUGGAAAUUUAUUUGGUAAAAGUAUCGGUGGUAUAAGUUCAAAAUUGGGAGGUGGAGGUUGGUUUUAGGAUCAUAUUUUAGUUUUUAGUUUUCAAUUUAAAUUCGGUACUUUAAGUUAUUUGUUUGUCAGUUCAUUACAGCAUUAACAAUAAUGUGCAGUUGUUAAAUAAUCAGAAACGAUUUCGAUUUUACGGCGGUAUUCAAAAUUUGAUUUUUUUUCUCAUUUUUUUUAAACGAUAUACCAUUCCAGUAAGAGAUUAUGUUUCUCAGUUUUCGGGUGGAUUUAUCAUCAUUUUAAUGCAUAGAAAUAAGAAGUGGUAGUUUUUGGGAUGUAGCCAAAUUAUAUAAAUGAUAGAACAUACAGUUGAAUGCUAAAAAAUGAAUUGGUCACGAAAGGCUUAGUAUGGAAAAGAAAAAUUUUCAUUUUCGUGAUGUCACAGAAAAAAGUUUUCCUCGAAAUUUUGCGGAUAAAAGGAAACUCUUGAAAGUUUAAAAACAGCUAUGCAACGUCAUCUAGAUUGUAGAAGUAAUUAAAAUUCAAAUAAUGCGCAACAAUAUGAUAGCUCAGUAAAAUUAGAAACGAUUUUAAGAAGUUGUGUUGAAGCUAGAUCGAUCUUUUUCGGUAGAAUAUUCUUUUCCUAGCCCAUUUUUGACCGAAUUUCUCCUAAAAGUAUUCUCAAAUGACUUUCUAGAGAACAAAAAUGUUUUGCCAAAAUCAAAUUUAAAAGCGUCCGCUCUUUAAGAAAUUUUAAUGCUAAAAAAUGUAGACACAAAUAAAAUAGAAAAAUUAAUUUUUAACAAGGAAUACAACUCCAACGAUUCCAUUUUAAAUAUCGUAGCUGAAAAUUGGACAAGGAACAAAUAAUAAUGUCUUCAAAUUUCUGUUUUGUAUAAAAUUUGUUCGAAAGAAACCGAUAACAACAGCUACUUUGGUAGACUAUUAAUAUAUCCUUUGCAACUGUAUGAAUCAGAGAAAAUCGAAUUCACUGACAA